GUACUAAAUAAAACCUUGUUGUUAGUCACGCCUUUAGUCACCCACGACAGGAUCAUUGAUAAAAUUAGCAGUCUACAUUUAUCUAUCGUGUCUGAUACAUAGUCGUGAAGAUGGCCGAAGGAUUAAAGCAAAUUAAGAUCAAGACUGGGGUUGUCAAAAGACUGACAAAAGAAAAAGGGUAUUACGAGCAAGAAGCCCAGAAAGAAGAAGAGCGCUACAACAAAAUGAAAGGGGACGGGAAAGACGAAUAUGAACUGAGAAAGCAGAAUGAAGUGAUUGGCGAAUCAAAGGCAAUGAUUCCCGACACGAAAAACCGGUUAAUAAAAGCCAGAGACGACCUCCGGAAUGUCCUUGAGAGUUCAGAAUCAUUGGCCGAGGAUGCAGCAUACAAAGAAGCAUCCAAAGCUAUAGAGGAGGCCGGGAAAGUACUUGAGGCGUGAACAACGGGGCCUUUAGCUCAAUAUAUGGAUCAUAGACUACUGGUACAGGGGCUGAUGCUACGGAGCUGAUACCAGGAUAUGACCUUGUGAUAACUUUGAAAUGACCAAUACAAUAUUGUGAUGAGCUUAAAUUAUUUGUAGUACUAGAUCUUAAUGGCCAUUUUAAAGAUGCACUCUUACUUCCAAAUAAGAUUUACCAUAAUUAAUAAUAUUGUUUUUAUAUUCCCAAAAGAAUAAAUAAAUUUCAAAAACAAUGUUUGUUAUGAAGGAUACAGAGUUUAAUUUUAAAGAAAUGAGCAUGAAACAUAUUUCCACCUAAUCAGACUAUAAUAUACCAUAGCAAACCUUUUAGCAAUAACCAAUUAUUUUAUUAUUUUUGCGCUUUCUGCUAUUAAAUACAUGGUUACAAUCUUGUUACCAGUAAUUAAUAUUUUCCACAUAUGCAUUAUUUAGUAAGUAGUUAUUUAAGGUUUAUCAGUCAAAAUGGAUGUUUAUUGUGUAUGUAUUUAUUUUGAAUAAGAGUGUCACUUAAAAUUUUAGUAAAGUUAACUGCAACAUGUAUUAUUAAGGGAAAAAGGGGCAGUAAAUCACUCUGUUCUACUCAAAAGAAUGUCUUUCCUGCUAUAUUUUGUUAAUGAGUCUGAAUUAAGAUUUUUGAAGACAUUUUUAAUAUUAAUUAGUACAAAUUGGUGUUUGUAUUGAUUACAUUUUAGAUAUUAUGAAUAAGAAAUAUAAGUUGUUGCAUUAAAGUUGCCUAUGAUUUCUGAAAAUUUCUUUUUCCAUAAAAUAUGCAAACCUCGAAAACAUGUAUAUAUAAAUAAAUGUUUUUUAUACAAAUUGAAAAGCUGUUUACAAUAUUCGCUAUAAAUUUCUUCAUACCAGACUCUUGUAUUGACUACUGAAAAUACCUACUAUUAAAGCAAUAUGCUAUAUUAUAUAGUAUUACAAUGUUUUAUAUGCGAUAAUCUUUUGUGAUUUUUUACUCUUUUAGUGUUCAUUUUGUGGGUUCAUGGGGAGUGUCAUUAUGUUUGCUUUUUCAAGAAUUUUUUCUAAUAAACUGAUGAAAUGUGAUUUACACCCUA